GAUGAUGAUCCCUGUGACUUCAAUUUGAAGAAAAUGAAUGAUUUUAUUCUUGAAGUAGAUCGAUAUUCAAAGAGUGAUUGUGAAUUGGAUGAAAUUGGAAAGAGAUUCAGAUGGUCUUCUAUCCUAAAUUACUGUAAGAAAAUGACCUCAGGAAGUGAUUAUCUUCAAGGUAGUGAGUGCAAGAAAUGCUUCACUGAAGAGGUAGAGCUGUUGGUUCCAGGUAAUCAAUGGGAUAUAGCUGUGAAGUGCACUUCAGACCUUAGCAGCCAUCAGAAAAGUGAUACUGACGAAUUGCAUUCCAUGACUAAUAAAAGUGAGAAUGCUUUCAGUCAGAACUCUAAUCUCCUUACUCAUCAAAAAAUGAAUAUUAGAAAAGAACCUGAUGAACAUCAAGUAUGUGAAGCAACCUCAUCCUAUCUCUCAUCUCUUCCUUACCACCUAGAAAUGAAAAGAUCUGGUUUUGAUCAAUGUGGGAAAGCUUUUGGUUGGAAUCCAGCUCUUGGUAGCCCUCAGAAGGCUCAUACUGGAGAAGUGUCUCAUAAAUGUAUUGAAUGUGGGAGAGUUUUAUAUUGUGGAUCAUUCUUGCUUGACUAUCAGAGAAUCCACCCUAGAAAGAAGCCUUAUUUAUGUCCUCAGUGUGGAAAGCCUUACAUAUGCAAUCAACGUGGAAAAACUUGUUCAGAUUUCUCCAGUCUAGCAAAACAUAAGAAAACCCACACUGAAGAGAAAGCUUAUGAAUGUGAUCAAUGUGGAAAGACUUUUAGAUUGAGCUACCAUCUUGCUAGACAUCAGAAAAUACAUACUGGAGAGAAACCUUUUAAAUGUAAUCAGUGUGGAAAGGCUUUCAGAUAUAAUUACAAGCUUUCAGAACAUCAGAGAAUCCACACAGGAGAAAAACCUUUUAAAUGUAAUCAGUGUGGAAAAGAUUUCACACGAAAUGACAGUCUUUUGGCCCAUCAGAGAAUCCACACAGGAGAGAAACCUUUUAAAUGUAAUCAAUGUGGAAAGUCUUUCACACAGAGUGAUAGUCUUGCUGAACAUCAGAGAAAGCACACUCGAGGGAACCCUGUUAAAUGUCAUCAAUGUGGAAAGGCUUUUAGUUGCAAGUCAAGUCUUGCUAAACAUCAAAGAAUCCACACUGGAGAGACACCUUUUAAAUGUAAUCAAUGUGGAAAGGCUUUCAAAUUCUCCUCCAGUCUUGCUACACAUCAGAGAAUCCACACUGGAGAGAAACCUUUUAAAUGUAAUCAAUGUGGAAAGGCUUUCACACGAAGUGACACUCUUUUAGCCCAUCAGAGAAUCCACACUGGAGAGAAACCUUUUAAAUGUAAUCAGUGUGGAAAGGCUUUCAGAUAUAAUUACCAGCUUGCAUCCCAUCAGAGAAUCCACGCUGGAUUGAAACUUUUUAAAUGUAGUCAAUGUGGAAAUGCUUUUACCAAGAGGAAUGUUCUUGCUGAACAUCAGAGAAUCCACACUGGAGAGAAACCUUUUAAAUGUAAUCAAUGUGGAAAGGCUUUCAUAAGGAGAGCCAGUCUUACUUUACAUCAGAGAAUCCACACAGGAGAAAAGCCUUAUAAAUGUAAUCAAUGUGGGAAAGCUUUCAUACAGAAGGCCCAUCUUGUUGUACAUCAGAGAAAGCACACUGGAGAGAAACCUUACAAAUGUAAUCAAUGUGGAAAGGCUUUCAGAUUUUCCUCCAGUCUUGUUACACAUCAGAGAAUCCACACUGGAGAAAAACCUUUUAAAUGUAAUCAUUGUCAAAAGGCUUUCCCACAGAGUUCCAUUCUUGCUGAACAUCAGAGAAUCCACACUGGUGAGAACCCUUUUAAAUGUCACCAGUGUGGAAAGGCCUUUAGUUACAGCUCAAGUCUUGCUAAACAUCAGAGAAUCCACACUGGAGAGAAACCUUUUAAAUGUAAUCAAUGUGGAAAGGCUUUUGGAUUUUCCUCCGGUCUUGUUAUACAUCAGAGAAUCCACACUGGAGAGAGACCUUUUAAAUGUAAUCAAUGUGGAAAGGCUUUCAGAUAUAAUUACCAGCUUUUGGCCCAUCAGAGAAUCCAAGCUGGAGUGAAAUUUUUUAAAGGUAAUCAAUGUGUAAAUGCUUUCACCAAGAGGAAUGUUCUUGCUGAACAUCAGAGAAUCCACACUGGAGAGAAACCUUUUAAAUGUAAUCAAUGUGGAAAGGCUUUCACACAAAGUUCCAUUCUUGCUUUACAUCAUGGAAUCCACACUGGAGAGAAACCUUUUAAAAUGCAAUCAAUGUAGAAAGAGUUUAGAUACAACUUGCAUCUUGCCAGAUAUCAGAGAAUCCACACUGUAGUGAAACUUUUUUUUUGGGGGUCAUUGUUGGCUUCAUUUCUCUUUUGGGUAGGAGAGGAUAGCAGUGGGAAGUGUAAUAGCCAUAGGAUUGUUCCACUCCAAUCCUUUAAUCUAAAAUAAAGAAAACAUAAUUACAAUAAUGAUACCUGCAAUAGAACAGAAAGAAUGAGAAAGCUUUGAAAGAUGUUUUAUUGAAUUCAUUACUAUUCAAAAAAGAAAUUGAAGUUUUGCAGAAUUGUUUCUUGACAUUUUUCUGUUUUAUGUAAAUUUAA